GUUAUGGCCCUUUUUAUAACUCUUUAUUCAGUUAUAUUUCUCUUAGGCUUAAGUGGUAAUGCUCUUGUCGUGUUCGUUGUUUUGAGAAACAAGGCGAUGCAAACUAUCACCAAUAUUUUUAUAACCAAUUUAGCCAUAUCGGAUGUGCUCAUGUGUCUAUUAGCUGUUCCUUUUACGCCCAUUUCAUACUUUUUAAACUCUUGGAUCUUUGGUGAUGCUCUGUGUCACUUGGUCCCCAUGAUUCUAUGUAUCAGUGUCUAUGUAUCGACUUUAACUUCAACAGCUAUAGCUGUCGAUAGAUACUUUGUAAUAGUGUACCCAUUUAAACCGAGAAUGAAGGUAUACAUGUGUGUUCUAAUGAUUAUCGCUAUUUGGAUAAUAUCUGUGUCGAUUUCUUUACCAUUAGGUAUUUAUCAACAAGUCAAAUAUGAAAAUGAAACUCUAGCAUGUACUGAGGAGUGGCCACGGACCCAAGCCAGACAAUUCUUUACUGUAACAAGUCUAGUUCUUCAGUAUCUAGUGCCUUGUAGCAUCAUUAGUUUCUGUUAUACAAUGGUGUCAUUGGCAUUAAAAAGAAGGACACUAGUUAAGAUAGGAACUGGAACACGUACACGAGAAAGAGACGAACUUGAAAUCCGACGUAAAAAGAGAACCAAUAAAAUGUUAAUCGCUAUGGUCACUAUCUUUGUCUGCUGUUGGAUGCCACUGAACAUUUUUCAUUUAGUUCGUGAAUAUGAGCGAAGUGUUAUGACAUGGUCACAUUUUGCUUUAGUGUUUUUUGUAGCCCAUGUUAUUGCUAUGAGCUCUACCAUAUACAAUCCCUUUCUAUAUGCCUGGAUGAAUGACAAUUUUAAGAAAGAAUUCAGACAAAUAUUACCUUGCCUCUUU